CACGGUUCCCUAAAUUCCGAGAAGUCCAAGAAAAUCUUCAGACAAAUUGUUGCUGCAGUUUCCCACUGUCAUCAACAAGGAAUCGCUCACCGAGAUUUGAAGCUAGAAAAUAUCCUCUUGACCCAGACGAGUCAGGUCAAGUUAGCUGAUUUUGGAUUCAGCCGACAAAUGACAACCAGUGAUCUUUUCAGCCAAACAUUCUGUGGUAGUGUAGCUUACACUGCUCCUGAAGUCUUACAGGGAAAGAAGUACAGCCCAUUCCAGUCAGAUGUCUGGAGCAUGGGAGUCCUUUUAUAUGCCAUGUUUGUUGGUCGAUUACCAUUCGACGAUUCAAAUGUGACAAACCCUUACCACCCCAUUGUCAUGAGAUCACAUACCCUUACCAUCCCAGGAUCAUCAGAUCUCAUACCCUUACCACCCUAG